AUGACUGAGCAGCUUGGCUCCUUCUACGCGAUCCCGUCACGCUCGAUGGAGGCGACGCUCGCCGUCGGCGACGUGAUUUUCGCCGAGAAGGUGUCUCGGCUGGUCAACCUGCCGUAUGAGAGGGGCGACCUCGUCCUGUUCUCGCCGCCCGCCGAGCUGCAGCAGCAGGUGAGGGCGGCCGGCGGCACGCUCGGCGGGCGAGACCUCUUUGUGAAGCGAGUGGCGGCCAUCGGCGGCGACAAGGUCGCGCUCACGCCGGAGGGCGGCAUCGUCGUCAACGGCGAGCCGCGCGACGCACCGCCGCUCCAGUGCGCAGGGCCGCGCGGUGGCGGCGGCGGCAUCAAGGCUGAGUCCGGCGGCGAGCCCCGCGCCGUCACUUUCGCUCGCGUUGUGCCCGACGGCAGCCUGUUUGUGCUUGGCGACUGCCCGGAGCGCUCAACCGACAGCCGGACUUGGGGCCCGCUCCCGAGGCAGAACGUGGUCGCGCGGCCCGUGGUGCGCGUCUGGCCGAUCUCGCGGCGGGGAACAAUCGACGCGUCCGCGGAUCUCAACCCGUUCGCGCGCGGGCGCGCGCCGCACCCACCGACAACGAGUGAGAGUAGAAAACAAUGA